AUGAGAAUUUCUCUGAAAGACGAGAAGUUUUUUCGAACCAUGAUAGGUGUAUUUGCCGAUAAAGGGAACAUCGAAUUUGAUAUAAGGCCGGAGGAAAUCACAGCCUCAUCGUGUGGUCAAAGUAAUUUUUAUUUGGUGAUAAAUAACGAUGUGUUUACGGCUGAUGGAGAAUGUUUAUCAUUUGUUGUGAAAGCUCAGCACCUACUUGAGGGUAUAAAUGCUCUAGGCCGAUAUGAUCUCGUUAUUGAGGACGAUCUUAAGCUUUUAGACGGAGGGAACACUAUAUUUAUUCCUUUUCUACCAGCGCCAAAAAGCGAAUACGAGGAGCCUGACACUCCUGUCGCAAAGCUCGUUGUAAGCCCUGAGCUACUGGAGGCAUUUGGGAUGCUGAAGGGGGUUGUGACAUAUGAAAUAGAGGGAAACAAGCUAUUUAUUAGAAAGGCCGGAAGCGAUGUUCUGGAGGAAAUUGAAUUUUUGACGGGAGGAUUCAUUAUAGCUGGAGAUCUUCAAUUUAAGUGUAAUAACAGAUGGACAGAUGUGUUGGCCGGGAUCAAGAGUUAUGUUGACUCCAUAAUGCUUACAUUUGGCGCAAACACUCUGUGCAUUCAAUUUCUAUUUAAAAAGUAUUCUAGAAGUUAUUUAGAGUUGCAGGUCUGGAGAUCCCUCGGGGAUUGA